ACCCAGGCAGGGCAGGAUGGCUCCCACAAAGAAGGGUGGUGAGAAGGGCCGCUUCACCAUCAACGAGGUGGUGACCAGAGAAUACACCAUCAACAUUCACAGGUGCUUCCAUGGAACAGGUUUCAAGGAGCGUGCCUCUCGGGCACUCAGGGAAAUCCAGAAAUUUGCAAUGAAGGAGACGGGGACUCCAGAUGUACACAUUGAUGCUAGACUCGACAAAGCCAUCUGGGCCAAAGGAAUAAGGAAUGUUCCAUGCCGUAUCCAUGGGCCAUUGUCCAGAAAGUAUGAUGACGAUGAAGAUUCACCAAACAAGCCCUAAAGGUUGGUUACCU